UCCCUUGGUCUCUGUCUGUGAGUCUGAAGCACUCUGGAAGUCUGGAGUCGAUUCAAAACCGCGGCGAGUAGCUUCUUUGUCCGGUCAAGAUCGCCGGCUCAUCUACACAUAAAUAAUACGUACACGCCACAAAGCGAGAGGAAGCAUGGACCAACAGCGACGGGAGCCGGCGCCGGAGACGGAGGUCACCCUGCGCGAGUUCACCGAGGCCGAUGCGGAGGCGCUCUUCGCGUGGGCGUCGGACCCGCGCGUGGUGCUCUUCCAGCGCCGCGAGGCCUACGCGCGCGUCGACGAGGCCCGCCGCUACAUCCUCGACCACGUCCUCCCGCAUCCGUGGUACCGCGCCAUCUGCGUCGGCACCGUGGUGGUGGGCUCCAUCUCGGUCAAGCCCGCGGGGGAGGAGGGCUCGUCGUCGUCGAGGGCGUCCCUGGGCUACCGCGUCGCGCACGGCUUCUGGGGCCGCGGCAUCGCGACGCGCGCGGUGCGGAUGGCCGCGUCGGCGGCGUUCGCGGAGUGGCCGUGGCUGGCGCGGCUGGAGGCGGUGGCCGACGUGGAGAACCCGGCGUCGCAGCGCGUGCUGGAGAAGGCCGGGUUCGUGAGGGAGGGCGUGCUCCGGCGCUACCUCGUGCUCAAGGGCCGGCCCAGGGACAUGGUCAUGUUCAGCCUCUCGUCGUCUCGGACCGCGACGAGAGGGCCAUGCCAAAAUUUACAAGUGAAAGAACCAUUUGAAUUGAAUAAUGAGCAGGUAUCGAAAAGCAAGACGAUAAAACGUUGA